AAAAAUUUUUGGUGUAAUACUCGUAUAUUGGCAACCGGGCAGAUUGCACGACCAUCUGCGUCACCGUUUCUAUAAUAGGCAAUGUGGUGAUGACCUUCGAUCUUCAGCCGGCUUCUGCCUCUUUCUAACAUGUGUUGGACUCAAGGAAGCCAUCAGACAAAUCUAGUUUUCCCUGUAUCUUAUGUUAUAAUUGAAAUGGUAUCCAACAAAUCGUCAGAUAAAGUCGCCUUGUGUAGGAUACUACAAACAAUGACUCCCAAGUUUUGGAAGCACCUUGAAUAAGUGGGGAGCGUCAUUGGUGAAUAACAGCCACCUCUGAUGUGAUCUACUUUCCGAUCAUUUUUAAUUAUAUCUUUCCUGUCAAGGUAUUCUUCAUUAACAACACCUUCUGCAAUAUAAUGUGUCUUAUUGUCAAUAUUCUGAAUGGCUCGGCGCUAUCAGCUCAUACCUUUUCUUUUAUUAACAUCAAGGUAUUAUUCAUGUAUCAGAUGCUAAUUGGUUUUACCAGUUCUUACAUGUGUGCGACAUAUGUGACUUUAGCUGCAGGUGUGCUAAUAGAAAUUGUGAUUCAGCUAUGUCUACUAGAAAAAUCUCUGAAGGAUAUGGAAGACUAUAUGGAUUUAAAAAGUUGCAUUUACUGUCAUGUUGAAAUACUCACGUUCAUCAAGAAAAUCCAAAAAUUCUAUGAAGUAGGAGUUUCUGCCGUAUUUAUAGGUGGCGUUUUUAAUAUAUGUACAACUAUGUCAUUAGUAAUUGAGGUUGACCGCACGGGAUUAGCGUUUUUCUUGCCAUAUCUGUUAGCAAUGAUAUCAAUAAUUUACUGCCAUUGCUGGUGUGGAAGUGCAGUGACCUAUCAGAGCGCUAAGAUAUCGUACGCAAUAUUUAGCUCCAAGUGGAUUAAUGCUGACGUUGCUUAUAAGAGGCUGAUACAAAUCUACAUUCAACUUACAAGUCGCCCUCUGGCUAUCCGUCUAGGUGGAGGAACUUUUGAUGCAUCUUUACCAGUAUUCGUGACGGUAAUCAAAACGGCAUAUUCAGUGUUCACGCUACUGCAAGGGUUUGAAGAUUACUGAUGAAUAUGAUUAUUGUCUAAAUCAAAAUGCAGAUUAAUAAAGUGUUUUACUGGUGCACACAAAAUCUUGAGUGAAGAGUAAUUACCUUGAGUUGAGGAAAUCCUGACUUUGAUAUGUUUCUAUGGCAUGUUACUUUAAAGGGAGAUCUCCAUUUCCUAAGAUUCAAGGAUCCAAUGAUCUUCAAUUUGAGGCAUUUAACAGAAGAAAUUUGCUGUCCUCACAUCAAGUGGCCGAUGUAUAUAAAUCGAGUAAAGCAUCGCUCUUGCAUAACAAAACUAUGUACUAGAUUCAAGUGGAAGAUUCUCUCAUAUAAUGGAUUGCUACUUUGAUUCAAGGAAAUCGAAUAUUCCUAUCAAGAGCUUAGAAAAUUGAUCCAAGGAAAUGAUGCUCACAUAUCAUGAGAUUUAUGUAUUUCAUUUACAGAACAGAGGGUUUUUUAUCGUGUUACCAAUGUAUUUGAUUUGGAAAG